UCUAGAUAUACAUAUAUGGUAUACAUAUAUUUUAAGAAAUUAGAAGAAUUUUAAAUAGAAAUCAAUAUUAUUUAAAAUUUCUUUCGGGCAAUGUAGAAACACAUUUUAUAUAGAGGAAGGAAGCAGAUGAAUACCAUUUUGGUUUUUUAAAGUAAUUUAGUAAAUAUUAAUGCGACACAAUUCUUAUUAACACUAGUUUGUUAACUAUAGAGUUCUACUAUUCUAUAAAUAGAAAUUUGUCAAGUAUAUAGAAUAAAUAUUAUUUACAAUUUUCUGAAAACGGAAAAAGAGAUGUGCUUGUGAGAUAGCAGAGGGGUCUGGAAUACUAACAACUAAUAUCAUAAAAGGCUCUUUUAUCAAAUAAUUAUUAAAAAAUCAAAUUAAUGAUUCUUCAUUAAUAUUAAAAAUUGAGAAUCCUAAACAAAACAAGUUGAUAUAUCAAAAGCUUCCUAUAUAUAUGCGUAGACGUGUUAUGUCUCAUAAUUCCAAAAGAAUGCCACGCAGAUUGCGAGAAGUGCACAAAGCGCAAAUGGCAAAAUCUGCAAACGGUAAAAAACCAUUAAUAAAGAAGCGACCGUCCCGAAAGCAUCGUAGAAGACCACGCAAUUUACUGUCCGAAUAUAAUCGCAGGCAGCGUAACAAAAUUUGGUUGGAAACGCACAUCUGGCACGCAAAGCGCUUUCACAUGAUCGACAAAUGGGGAUAUAGAAUUGCUAGAUAUUCAAACGACAGGUGUUUUAGAGCUAACUAUCGAGCCGCCGCAAAAUACUGUCUCUUGCAAGACAUUUCCUACUAUACUUGCGUCGAAAUUACGGGAAAUGAAAAUUUAUUGAAGACAACUUUAAGAACGCAUUGUAAUCCGUCGACAUUGACUUUUGCAGCAAAAAAAUAUAUUAACGGUCAUAGGGAAGGUACUUUGAUGUUUUUUAAAAGAGAUGGAUAUCCGCAUUUUCCUAUUGGUAAUGUAAAAUUUUUUUGGCGGCCAAACAAAUUGGACAUUCAAACAGAUAUUAAGACUAUUUGGAUCUGGGUGCAUCCUGCCUUCUACGACGAUUUUCUCAUUGAAAUUAUAUCGAGUUUCGAAUUUAAGCUGAAUGAUGCUGAACAAGAUGCAACCAAUACUAUCCGUAACUUGAAUUGUUCAUAUAUGAAUGAUACAGGUUGUAAAAUGAUCAUAUUAAGAAAUGCGUUGAACAGAUUUCGACUUCAUGGGAUAUUAGCUCUAAAUGUACUAACAAAAGCAUUACAAUUGCCAUCCUUAAAUGAAUCAGAUCUUUUUUCAGAUCACACUGUUUCAGAAGAUAACGACAGCUCGUUAAAUAAUAAAAUGAGGAACAUAAGUAAAAUAUUAGUAGAUAAUGACGUGCAAUUUACAGAGAAGAUGGCGAUCGACGAAAUAAGUGAGGAAGACACUACAACUUUCAAAUAUUUGAGUAUAGAACUUGGUAAAAAGGCAUGGUAUAUUGAUUACUAUAAGAAACAAGAAAAUAUGGAGGCUUUUAAAGUACAAGCACAAUUGUGGCAAACACUGAAGUCUUUGGAAUCGCCGAAUCAUUUACCACCAAAUAUGAUUACUGCAGUUACUGUUUUAGAUCCACGUUUUCAUUUACCUGAGAAAAGAACGAAAUGUAGUACUGAAGUAACAGAAACAUUUUCUCGAUUAGUUUCAAUUCAUCAGCCAGUAGCUAAUUCAAGUUGUUCUCCUAUUUGGGAUACAGAAGUACGUCAUAUCGUUAGCAGUUCUUGCGUAUCCACAGGCACUAUUAAUAAACUCAGAAGUGAGUGUCUUGUACCUGGUAUAGCAAAUGACCGAUAUUACGAUGAAAACAUUAUGGCGAAAAUACCUAUACUAAUUAUUCAGAGGCCUGGAACUAUAACAGGUUUUGGUUCUGGUGUAGAUGUUAUUGUACCAGGCAGAUGGGCGAUGCCAUUUUGGCUUGCAUUUAUAAUGCAAUGUGCAAGAGUAGGUGCACUUCGAGAAUCAAGAUCGAUAAUUUUUGAAAGUUUGAAUUCAAAUGCAUCCGAUAUUAUUGAUCCUGACAGUCCUGCCUACAUGAGAGAGGCACUGCUUACAAAAAAGGAAUUGACUAACAAAUAUUUUUGUUAUCCACCAAAUAGAAGAGUUAAUUUUGUUAAACUUGGAAUUUGUAGCCCGUUUUUCUGUGACUGGAAAAAUUUGACGAAAGAUUGGUCAGGCAAUGAAAAUUUUUACAUUUUAAGAAAUCAGGAACUUUUAUUACAUUUGCAAGCGAAUAUUUGUUUUGUCCAAAAUAAAAAUACAAAAUUACUUGCCCAAAAUACGCAAUCCGAUUUUACAAAUUUAAACGAUUAUAAAAAUUGUCUGAUAUGCGUUCAAAUAUCUAUGAUAGGAAAAGGAUCGCCGAAGAAAUUUGCUAUCAUAUGCAUGCCGACAACCGAAGAUUUAAUGAAAUUUGAAAAUGAUAAGAAAUGCCUUGGGCCUGUAGAGAAAUGUCAUAACGAUCCGAAUGAAAAAGUUCGUAAGACAUUACGAAAAAAUCAUUUGAUGCUGUUAAAACGACUAAGACGACAAAGAGUUCGAUUGAAUCGAGCGUUGAAGAAUAACGCGUUAAAGCUAUUGGAAGAAGAAUCUAUCGGCAAGUUGAACGAAAGUAAACGCGUUACUAUUUCAUCACAUCGUAAAAUUAUAACUGAUCAUUCAGUAAAAAUGUCAGAAAUGUAUCUUCCAAAAUGUACAGAAGUUCGUUAUUCCUGCGAUAGAGAAGUUAUAGGAUUUAUAACACUGGGGGACUUUUCGUUUAGCCAAGCAAAAGGUAUCGGCAUGGGAUAUAUUACAUUACCUUCAUUACUCGAAAUGAUUAACAAAAAGUUUAAUAUUGUUCUUGUCAGAAAUAUUCAAACGCGACAGUACAGAUUAGCGGAAUUAAAUAUAUUAGGUGUUUGAUGUGUAUUAUGUUUUAUAGACUUUGUAUAAUUAAAGUGUUUGCUACUGGAACAA